UUAAAAUGUUCAUUUUCAUGAUUUUCUAAUUUGGUAAGAUGCAUAACUCAAAAGGAUUUUUGCUGCAUCCUACGUGUAAAAAUUUGUUUCAGUCAGUGUUCCAUAAUUGUUUCAUAUGGUACGAUAUCAAAUUGAAACCAUUUGAAAUGGUUUAAAUCAAUUUUGGACAACCCUUGAGCAUCCUCUUUGAGGCUGUCAUGCAACAACAGUCAGAAGCUUCAGUCAGAAGCUUCUCCAGACGUGCUGUAGCACAGAGCGCUACAAGAGUUACAACGAUAUUUAAUUUCCCUUUUGGAUCAAUAAAGUAUUUCUCAAUUGAAUUGAAUUUUGAUUUAAUGGAGACAGUUGGAGCCAGAACCAGGUUACCAUGGAAACGUCAGACCUCCAACAGCUCCAACGAUUUUGGGAAUUCCCAACAGUUUGAGCCACAGUGACCCAAGGUAUGUUUACAACUGAGUCUUGGUUUAUUCCAGCACUAAAUAUUUAAAAAUGUAUAUUUGACUUUUUAGGUAGUCUUAAAUAACGUCACAAAUAGGUUUAUUUUAGUUUAAAGGUGUUUAGCGAUGCUUUUGCUAAAGUUAGCCAACGUUUCAUAACUGCUAACAGCAAUGCUCGAAUAUUGCUGAACAUUCUUGCAAUUUUCAGAAAUGUUCUUACGUUUCCACUCACGAUAUUAUUAUCAUCUGUAAUAAUUAGCGUUAUUUCAUUUUUAGAUACUGAAUUUGGGCUUUUAUUACUUUUGGUCACCAAGAACGAGACUAUUAGCAACUUGGUUACAACGGCUAAGUUAGCCCCAUGAUGUCCGUUGCUUUUUCAGAGGAAGCCCUGCCACUUAGCAUCGCCUGUUCCAGCUAUACAAAUGAAAGCAUGGAUGAUGCUAACAAUUUCAACCCCGGCAACAUCAACCCCAAUAUUUUCCCCGCCAAGCUUUGGCGUUUGGUGAACAACCCGGCAGACGGAGCCAUUCGCUGGGACAGCCGCGGCCAGGUGAUUGUUAUCGACCAGCAGCUCUUCGAGACCCAGAUCCUGUCUCCCACCUCCAGGACCUUCAACAGCACCGACACCUUUAAGACCACCAACUUCUCAAGCUUCGUCCGCCAGCUCAACCUGUAUGGAUUUAAAAAGGUCGAUCUGCCCGCUGACCACGAAGAAGAAGCGGGCAACAGGCUGUAUCAUCAUUUUCACAACCCGAACUUUCAGCGGAGUUGCCCUCAGCUUUUGGAGAAUCUCGUCAGGCUCACUGUGGAUAACAAAGCCAAGCUUAAAGCCGGGCAGGACAUAAGCUCCCGGCUUCCCAACCCUAACCGAUUCCAGCGAUUAGGUUUCAGCACAGACGGCAAAGACAAUGUCCUAAAAGGAAGAUACUUCUUGCCUCCGCGACCCUCAAACCAGUCACCAGCGCAUCCGUACCAUCCCCAUAAAUCCCAGACUAUGAGACCUCAGAGUGGAACCCCAGUCCCACCACGGUACCUGCGCCGGGUUCCUGGUGCAGAUCUCUCACCCACCACUCUGCCCCUGGUGAAAGACGGGCCGAUGCCUUUGAGGCACCCUUACACUGGAGGGUCCUCAAACUCCAAAACCCUGCAUGUUCAGCAGGGCUUCCUACCUCGUAUGAGCAACCGAGAAACACAUUUCAAUAGUUUUAGUCCUCGGAAUCCCCAGUAUCAACCUGGCUACUAUCCCACAGUUUGCCCUUGCUUCCACCCGAACCUUGUCUCACCGAAUAUAACAGGCCUCCAGUUUCCUCCCAGACGUUUUUACCAGGCUGAAGGUCCCAUGACCGUGUUCGACCCCAACCGCAACUUACAAACUUCCGAAAGCCAGGAAGUGAAAAAGCCUGAAGUUAACUUGGAUGUAGUUUUCCAGAUUGCAGAUGAGGUGAUGCAAACUUCACCCAGUGCCUGUCUGGUGAAAGUGGAGAGCGCAGAGAAACCCGUCUCCGUGCCACAGCCUUCCUCUGACCCCAGGGAUGCACUCACAUAUAAAAACAGCAGAGCUCCUGUAGUUAAAAAGGAGAAUGAGGAGCUUGUGGUUUCAGUACCUGAGCAAAUGGCUGAAGAUGUGAUAUAUGAGGUUCAGUUUGAUCAAGACAAUGAUGCCGAGCUCGUAAACGUUGAGGUUAGCAACUCGGUUCAGGAUUAAGAUGAGCAGGACAGCACAGGGACUUGCUUCUUAGAUCUCAGCUCACUGAUUGAUUCAGCUUGCGACAAGAAGUAUCCACAAUGAGUUCACAGUGCGACUUCAGGCUCCACUUUGAUGAUUACUUCCUGUGUAAAAAAAAAAAAAGAAGUUGUUUUCAUCUUUUCUCUUUAGUUUCUUUUGUGAUUGUGCAGUUGUGCUUUUUGCUGUAACUAGAAUAAUUUCAACUGUAGUAUGUUUGUUUUGAACCAUUUAAAAUUUCACAUCAAAAGGUAUGCAUGUUUUUAAGGACUGUAAUUUGAUAUGAAGACUUUGGAAAGGAUUCUUAUGAAUUGUAAUGUUGUACGACUCAGCUACUUUAACUCGAAGCAGUGGUGUGUGUCAUAGCGGAAAACAGAACAAUUACAUUUCUUAGUGAGAAAUUGCUUUUAUUUUUCAUUUCAUUUCUUGUCUGAAGCACCUUUAAAACCUGUGAAUGUCACGAUUUUUAAAGUACACUGCAAAAACUUUCUUAUUAAAACAGACUACACUUUCC